CGAGAGCUUCAGGCGGCGGCGGUGUGUGAGCUGGCGACGGACACCGAAAUAUCUCCACGACGGCUUUUCCAAACAAUUCAAAUCAACGCAGCAAUGAGCACAUCGUUUCUGUAGCGGUCGUUUUGUGACAUAUCCAGGUUGAACAAUGUGCUUGUGAUCGGAGGCAGCUGCACUCCAAUGGUGGAGGACAUCACCUCACUUCACUAGAAUGUACUUGAUGAAUGUACCACCUGUCGCAGCGACACAAACAAAAUGGAGAACAUGUGGCCCACCUGGAGGCUUUAGACUUCCAAACUGCUUCAAUGACUCUGACACUGAGUUGUCCACCAUAGGCACACCUAUCUCUGAUAAGGUCCAGAUGAUCAUAGAGAGCCUUAGGAGCACCCAGUCCUCGCUUGAGAUGGGCGACGAGAUGGAGGGAAAUGUGCUUUCCGGACAGGAAGGUCAUCCCCAAGUCUGCAAGGGUGCAAUGGGAUCUUAUGUGGAAACCAAAAAUAAAGGUCCCACUGAAAACCAACAGGCAGCUAUUUCCUCUCCAAUCAACCAUGAGAGCAGUGACUCGGACAGCGAUGAUUCUGUAGACAGAGGAAUUGAGGAGGCAAUACUUGAAUACCUGAAGGAAAAGGAUGAUCACAAACGAAAGGCGGAACCGUGCUUCACCUUUAUCCAAUCAUCCAAAAUCCCCAAGAAAACCCUAUCUGUUCCUGAGAUUUCCAAACAGAACACUGAUGGCAAUACAUUUUUGAUUGCAAGCAGCCAGUUUCCAAAAAGUGUCAAAGCUGAAACUGUCACAGCACCAGCUGUUAUUCCUAUCAAGAAGUAUAUCAAACACAAAUUGGAUGUGACUAAAAGUACACAAACCAAAAUUUUAGCAUUGCCCAGAGAGCAGACAAAGAGCCCCUCAAAAACAAACAGCCUCUUCAACAAAAUAAAGUGCCCGGCCAUAGUUAAAGUGGAGGAAGACUCAAAUGAUUCCAGUAGUGACGAUGGCAUUGAGGAAGCUAUACAGAGAUACCAGUUAGAGAAAAAGGAGCAGCAAAACAAAAGGGAACCUUUCAAUCCAUAUGUAUUCAAAGAGGACUCUGACUCCACUAGCGAUGAUGGAAUUGAAGAAGCUAUUCGCUGCUAUCAACUUGAGCAACUCAAAGAGAAGAGUGUCCUGAACACAACUCCACACAAGCAAAAGCCCUUCACAAAGUCAUUUAUACAUUCUGUUGGAAGUACAAGCACGGAAAAUAUGAAGAAACACAGACUGAGGAAGAAGAAGAAGAGCAGAGCAGAGAAAGAAGGGAAAUCUGUUCAACCUCCUUCGGCGUCCGUUUCCAUAACCAAGAAUACACUCCCAGAGAGCUCGAAGGGUAAAGGAAAUGGAUUGCUUUUGUUUAAAGUAGAAGGUUUUAAAGAGCAGUCUAUCCCUGCCCCUCCAAAGGUUAGUACACCUGCAGAGCUCAUGUGUGCUGAGGCAAUACUGGACAUUUCAAAAACUGUCAUGCCUGGGGCCUUCCAUAAUAGUGUUGGCCUUAGCAGUUGUGCCCCCAUCGAAUCUUCCUUGCAAUCUUCAGCUCUUGACAACUGCCCAGAUGAAGAAAGUGAUGGCAGCUCCAUUGAUAGUGAAGAGGGGAUAGAACAAGAAAUCAGGAUGUUUCUUGAGCAGAAGGCCCAAAUGCAUAAACAACCGCCCACUGCUACGACUCAAGAGCCUCAAAGUGUAAAUGAACCAGAGAAAGCAAAGGCAAAACAAGUUGUGACACAAAAGAAACCUAAUAGAUUGUCUUUGACACAAAGAAGAAAACGUAAAGAGGAAAACUGUAGCAAUUCCAACACGUCCGGGACGGAUAACAAUGUCAAAGAAACUGCACCCAAACCUUCAUCUGAGCACGGAAGUGGAAUCAGCCCAUUGGUGUUUUUCCGUAGAAGCCCACCACAUCCAACAGCUGAAUUACAUAAGACGGAGCAAAGUGGAGAAAAAAGCAGCUCGCUUGACAGUGACGAGGACCUAGACACAGCUAUAAAAGACCUGCUCAAGACAAAAAAGAAGUCAAAGAAAAAAACCAGAGACUUAAAGCGGAAAUCAAGGAUGUGCCCCAAGGAUGAAGAACCACUGCUGGGAAAUACUCUAAAGACCAAAAAGUUGAAACCUGACUCUAUUUCCCAGCACAGCCCUUUGAAAACAGUAGAAAAGAGUAAGGGUAACAUGAAAGACAAGUCUGGAUUGAGUAAAAAGACUAUUUCACAAGUUAAACCAACUCAUAAGAGUAAAGACCAUGAUAUGCAUGAAGGUGAAACGGCAACUGGGGUUCAAAACACCACGUUGCUCCACAAUACUCCAACUGCUCUUGAGAUAAAGGAAGAUAGCAGUUCAGUAGACAGUGAUGACAGCAUUGAGCUAGAGAUCAGGAAGUUUCUGGCUGAGAAGGCAAAAGUUUCCAUCACAGAGAAAAGUAAAGAUGGAGAGUUGUCGAGGAACGGUUCUGCUGUGUUUUGUCCCCCACUUAAAGAUGAAGACAUCAAACAGGAAAAUCAGCUGGCUGAAAUUCCACGAAUAAGUAUCAGUCCUCUCUCCGGACAAUCUCCUCUGAGAAGUCAGCCUCCAACGCCACCGAGUUUUCUGCCAGACUUCUCUACUGUCGCUGCACAGUCGCAUCUGUCCUCAGCCCAAUCCUGCAGUCUUCUGGAGCCAGCAGAUGGGGCGGGGGCAGCUAGAACAGAGCAAUGGAGGCCCAGCACUGGGAAAGGUGCCGUCCAGGACGUCAGCCCGCAGAUGGAGAGAGUUCGGCCAGUUCUGAGUCCGAACAUUGCUCAUUCUCGCUCUGAGUCAAUCAAGUGGCGCCAGAGCCUCGGACUCCCCACAACUGACACUCGGACUCAUAUUCGAACUCCAUUCCAUAUCACUUCAUCUAAAAUUAACGAGACUGCUUCAGCAACCCCACCAUAUCAAAGCGGGGGGCCCAGAUCACAGACUCCAGUUACUGCCUGGUCCUCUGCAAGGACCAGCAGAUCCCCUUUCCCUUGCUAUACAGAGACAAAUGUAAAUACAACUUUCAGAUCUCCUGUUUUGAAUCUUUUGACUUCUGCCGGGCAACAUCCGAGGAUAUCCUUUACACAGAGCCUUGCACCCGGCCACAGGUCACAGUGCCCUAUAGAAGGAGAGACAGAGAGUAUGGUGCAUAUUUCUAAGGACAAGAGUGUGUUUGUCGAGCUGGAAUCUAAUAGGACCAACCAUGUCCAGGUUCGAAGCAGGGAAAGGAUGGAGGGAAAGGAGAGAGCGGACUUGCUAAGUGAGAUAAAGAGAGAAGGCGAGAGCAUGAAGAUAGAUGAUAAAGAAGUGCAUCUAGACAGAACAGACGACGAGUUUCUAGAUGAGGCAGAAUGUGAGUCAGGCAACAGGAGAGAACCAGAGAAGAAGCAGGGCUUUUCCACAUUGUCUUUGUCCAGUGCCAUUGACCCUGGCAUCACCUUCAGACCUUACAUUGCUCUUACCUCAGAGGAGAGAAGCACCAUAUUCAACAGGAGGUAUCUGCCUGAAAAAAGCAAGAAGGGGGUACCUUCUCACAGUAACGCUCCCGUGCAGAGCAAAGUUGUGCAACGUGUCAAAAGAAAGCUUCAGUUCAUUCCAGUCAACAGGACAGGAAGUGUCCAGUGUCCACAGGAUAACAAGAUAAAACUCUACAUUUGAAACAUGCUUGUAGAAGGUUUUUGAUAUGACAGUAUGUAGGUUUAAUAUUUUGCACUUUUUUAGGAAUGCACAUUUCUUUAUGCAAGGUUGCUGUUAAUUUUGAUGUUGCUGUUUUUUACAAAACAUUUUUGAGUUGGGUUUUGAAAAAAAUAUGUUGCCUUCUGUAAUGUUGUGGGUUAUACAAUGAAUAUUCUACAAAAUAUGUAGGGGUAAAUGGAAGAAAGUUCACAUUGUUUGUUUAACCAAUGAAGAGUUUUUCACAGCUUUGUACUAAAAGUAAACCUUUUUUUUCUUCAUAUUUCCACUGAAUAUUUUCGGUCCAAUAAUGUCAGGGUUUUUGUUUGUUUGUUUUUUUUAAACUGAUUGGACUGUCCUUAAUCAGAUGGAUCUACAGUUGGGCUUCUUUUGUUGUAGAAAGACGAAUUUUUAUUGCUAAACGUUUGUUCUAAAUCUGGAGUUAUUCUAGCAUUUUAAUGCAAUGACCAGUUAAAACAUAUAUUCAACAGCUGUUACGUUUUUUUUUGCCAAACAUUCUAUAUAAUUUAUUUCUUAAAUUAACGAUAGAUUGUUUUGUCAUAGCUAAAUAACAUGGGGUUGUUAUAU